AUGGGCUUCCAGUGCUCUGGGACUGAAGAUCAUCUGAGGAACUGCAGCUCUCCACAAACUCUCAACUGCAGCGCAACACAACAGCUGGCAAUCACCUGCCACAGUCAGAGGUCCAUCAGGUUGGUGGGUUCUGGUGGAGAUUGUGCAGGAAGGCUGGAGGUUUUUCACAAAGGCUCAUGGGGUACAGUGUGUGAUGACUCCUGGGAUAUUAAAGAUGCUCAUGUGGUGUGCAGACAGCUGCAGUGUGGAGUGGCUCUCAGUAAUCAGCCAGUACCAGCCUGGUUUGGUCCUGGUUCUGGACCCAUAUGGCUGGAUGAUGUGAACUGUGAGGGGAAUGAGACGUCACUGUGGAGCUGCUCUUCACGGGUCUGGGGACAUCAUGACUGUAACCAUAAGGAGGAUGUAGGAGUCGUGUGCUCAGAGUUUAAAGAGCACAGGUUAACUGAAGGCUGUGAAGGGAAUGUGGAGGUUUUCUAUAAUGGAUCCUGGGGUAAUGUUUGCAACAAUCAGAUGAACAGAGACACAGCGAGUCUGAUCUGUCAAGAGCUGAACUGUGGAAGAUCUGCCAGUGAACCCAAUUAUUCAGAUGCACUGAGAUCUCAGAAUUGGCUAAAUAAACUAAAAUGCAGAUCAGAUGACUCUACCCUAUGGCAGUGUCCAUCUUUACCCUGGGGAAUAAAUGACUGUGGUCACAAUGAUUCUGUCAAAAUCACCUGUUCAGACUUGUCAGUUUCUACAACAUCAGCUUCUCCUUCAGUUUCUCAGACAAACAGGAGAUCAGUGACUCCUCCACAAACUCCUCCUCUCUUCAAUCCUCCAGUGGUUGUGAUUGUACUGGGAGUUUUGCUCUUACUGCUCUUAGUGCCGCUGCUGAUACUGAUUCAACACAACAGAGAGAUGAGGAGAGCUCUCUCUAAGAGGAGAUACAGGACUCAGACUGAGGCAGUUUAUGAAGAGAUUGAUCACAGACACACAAACACACACAAACACUUCACUCGGAGAGGGAGUCUCAUCUCUGAAGAACAGCAUUCUGGAUAUGAAAAUGAAGAUGAACUUUUCUCAGCAGAACAGAAAUUCACACCAGGAUACUAUAAUGAUGUCAUCACUGUUGGACUGUCGGCAGAUCGUCAGACAGCAGAUGUCCCAGAAGAUUAUGAUGAUGUCAUCAUUGUCAGACAGAACAUUCAAGGUAUAAAUGUGGACGUGCCAGAGAAUUAUGAUGAUGUCAUCAUUAUUAGGCAGAACAGUCAAGGUAUAAAUGACUACGAGGAUGUGGAGGAGGAGUCAAAUUGAUCCAGCCCCACUGCCUAUAAAAUCAUAAGUGUCUGAAUUCUAUAAGGAGCUUAUGGGACCUUUAUUAUUAAUAUUAAAUCUUCAUUAACUUUGACUUCAGAUGAUCUAUUACCAAAAUUAUAUGCAAAGAAAAUUAUAAUAUAUUUGAAUCCUUACUAUAUUAGCUUAUCAUUUAUUAAUUACUUCAGGGGGGUAUUCUAGAAAGCUGGUUAUGUGACUUACCCGGGUAAGUUUAGGAUUAUGUAAGUGGAUAACCUCUCAUUUCGAUUCCAAAAAUGGAGGUAACUUUUGGGUUAUGUAAGUAACCAUAGCAACUGACUCUCUGAGUAUAACCUGCUCCGAAGCUAGGACGCAUAUAUUUUGCAUAAUAUUAUAAUGUUAAAGAAUUUAUAUUAUUACAUUU